CCAUUCCUCUUUCCAGUGUCUCAUUUUUCCUCUCGAAAAAAAUUCCUUUUUUUCAAUCUUCUCUCCCUAAAAAGCUUCCAUUUUUUUCCUCUUUAAAAUCCCUCUAUUUCUCUCUUUCUUCACAACAACAACAAAAAAGUUUCAAUUCAAUCUCAAUUAUUCAUGUCGGAGGACAAGGGUCGUCCAUUACCGAAAUUCGGUGAAUGGGAUGUCAACGAUCCUGCAUCGGCUGAAGGGUUUACCGUGAUUUUUAACAAGGCAAGGGAUGAGAAGAAAACAGGUGGCAAACCCGAGUCACCAGCAAAAGCUGAUGCUCACGGUAAACCCGGAGCGGAUCCUAGCAAACCCCAGAGUAAGAAAUGGCUUUGCUGCGUUCAAGCACCACCGGCUGAAUCUUGAUGAAGUCCGGCAUGUAUACGAGCUUUCACAAGUACAUUCAAGCCCCUCACCAUGGAUUCUUAGACAAAGAUAAGAUUUACUUAUGGUGGGAUGGGGAUAAAAAAAGAUAAACACACAUACUGUAUCUAUAUGUACUAAUUUGGUGGGUUAUUGUAUUAUUAGAAGCUGAGUUUAUUUGUUGUUGUCAUUUGUCUUGUUCAUGUUAUAAGCUGUAAAGCUUUUAUGGACAUUCUUUUCUUCAUAUCAUACGAGGGAUUCGCGUGUUUGUCAAA